UAUGCUGUGCCAGCGACAUGUAGCGUAAAGUAUAUGCAGGUAAAAUAAUCUACAUAUAUAUAUCGUGCAAACCUUGUACUACUGUACAUUCGAUCAUUGAUUUACUAUUGAUCAUUUUCAAAUUUUUAAAAGAAAUGGUAAAGUGUAGAAUCUGUGGCUGUAGCGAUUUUUAUAAAGCAUCUGGUUAUUUUUUUUGUACGACAUGUCAAACACAAAGCCAGGACGUCGGGGAAGAAGUAGAAUUGGAAUUACCCAUAGAAAAUACUGUAAGAUUGCGGAAGACAAAAAUUCAUCGUAUGACAAAUAACAAAGCAGAUGAGGAACUUGGCUGGACAUCUUGGGAACUAUAUAAUUUUGUUUUAAUCGGUUUGACAAAUGAGCUUAUCGAACUUGGUGUAUCCUCUGAUAUAAAAAUAACAGUGUUACAAUUAUGGGCCCGCUACCUUGGAAAACUAGAAGUAGCUUUUAUAUCUGCAAAAAAGAAAUUAAUACCCAAACUGGCAAGAAGAUAUAAGAAAAGGGAUGCUGAAAUUAUAUAUGGCAAAGUUUUGUCACAAAAGAGUGCCAGAAAACGAAAGAAAAUUGGAAGUAGCAUAGCAGAUUCUACAGCUUCUACCUAUCCAAGUCAAGAAACUUCUUUGAGAGAAUUAAAUAGAAACAAAAAACUCAUGAUUACUGCAGAUUAUGAUAGAUUUAUGUCACAAACAAGUUUUGAAGGAGAUGCACUUAGUACAUUUAGUCAGAGUGUAUAUAGUGGAUAUUCUAGUUCAGGACAAUCUCGUGAAAGUACAAGGUUACAGUUUAAUUCUUCUGCUAAAGAGGAAGCAAACAGAAUAAAGAAUAUGGCAAAAAAACUAUCAAGACAGAAGCGUAAUAAAUACAAACAAAGUCAUAUAACAACUCGAUAUAAAACAGGGCCAGAAUUGAUUACACCUACGAAAUUGUGGGCAAUCUUAUAUCUGGCUUUAAGAAUUCAUAAUCAAGAUAUACAUUUGAGUGAUAUGAUAAGAUAUGGCAGAGAAGGACAUUUAUCUUAUUACAGAUUAGAUCAUUUGAUACCUCCUGAAGUAACUUUAACAAGAAACGAUAUAAAUUUUUUAUCACGAGCUAUGGACAUAUCGCACAAGGGUAUGAGAAGAAUUAUUGGACAGAUGGCGAAAUUUCUUGGAGUCACGAAAAUAAUUUGUCCAGACUUUUUAUCACUUAUUAAUCGAUAUUGCAUUGAAUUAGCUCUACCAAAAGGUAUAUCAUUGUAUGCGAGAAGAUUAUCGAUUUUGUCUCCUCCAAAAAUGAAGUUUGAUAAAAAAUCCUACAUACCCAAUUAUGAGGGUCGUGCUAUGGCAUUUAUUAUCGUGGUACUAAAAACAUUGCUGAGUUUGGAUGGUAUUACAGAAAAUGAAAUUAGCAAUGUUGCUGACAAAAUUAAUAGUGCAAUUAAUGACGAGGGUAUUUGUGAUGCAAAACUAUUCAGUUUUCGUGAAUGGCAGAAAUAUAUCGAGUGUAGAAGAGCUGUUUUAAUUAACGUACAUUGUCCCACCAAGUUGAAAUAUAAUGCAAACAUACCAGAUGUUAAUAGCUUAUAUAUUAAAUUUUUGGAGUUUAUUAGUACUAAAACAGAUAGAGAAGAGCCUGAGAAAAUUACGCAUAAGCAUGUAAUACCACAUGAGCUCGUUUAUGCAAUGAAACAGUGUAUUACUAAUGUAAGUUGUAUCAAUUUACCAUUAAAUGAGGUUAACGAAUUUUCUCCAACAUUAACGCCAUAUCAUUCGUAUCUUCAACAAUUGUUGGAACAUCCAUUGUAUGAUAGUCCAAGGAUGCUCCGAAAUGACUUUUCAUCCGUGAAAAGUGGAUACUUGACAAGACCAGAAUCUACUUGCAAGUUAACUUCGCAGUACGAUAUGCAAUUAGAGUUGGUUGAUUCAAAUUUGCACUUUAUCGAGAAAAUUGUAUCACUUUUUGAGCAAGCCAAAAUGGUCAGUGUAAAAGAUUUAAAAGAUGAUGUUGUGAUACAAGAUUUUAUGGAAGAGGAUAUGGAAGAGGAAUGUGAUAACAGAAAAGAAGAUUUUACAGAUUAUUUACAUAAAAAGAUACCCUGUCAACUUAAAAUUGAUAUGAAAAAGAAACAAAACUGCAACCAUAUUCAUAAUACUAUCACAGAUAUGCAAACACCAUCAGUAUCUGCAUCAGCUAAUGAAUUUGCAUUCGAUCAAAUUCUUCCGGAUGGUAAAUUAUCAAUCCCAGACAGAUGUCUGAAUGAUGAUAAUGAUGGCGAUGAUGACGAUGAUAAUGCAUGUUUAAAAGAUAUUGUUUCUGAACAAACUAGAUUGUUAUUAUCUAAAUUUUGUAAAGUAUACAAUAUAGAUCUUUCAAGGACAGAAAAAAGGAAAAUAUUUAAAAAUUUUAACUGGUCGAAGAAACGAAAGCGCAAGCUUCUUCGAAAUGCACAUGGUAAAUUUAUUAAGAGAAGUGACAUCUAUUCCAGUAUUGAAAGUCCAAAUGAAGAUGACUAUGAGGAGAGUUACGCGGAAGAAACUGAAGAAUCUAUCGGGAUUCUAGCGAACACUUUCGAAAUUGAAAAUAUACCAGAGAUAUCCAGAGACAUCUUAAAUUCGAGUGAGGUCAAUGCAUCUAUCUUCGAUACUGUUGUCGAAAUUGAAAGUGAAUGUGGCAUGAAUGACAAAUCCGAUAAAUUCUGUAAAAUAUUCGAAUCGAUGAUCGAUAAAUCUUUUACUACGGAUAGAACAUUGGAUGACAAUAUUCUUAAAUUGUUUAGACCUUUUAAAGAUUAUUGGAUGUAUCACUGCAAUUUUAGCCGUGUAAAGCCAAAGAAUUUUGAAUUACUCGAGAAAAUGUUGCCGAGGAGUUUUCGAUGGCUAUUAAAUGAAUGCGCGAACAUAAUUGAAAUGUCAACAGAAGACUUAUACGAAGAAGUAUGCCUUGUCGAAGCUUACUACGCAUAUGCCUUGGAACAAUCCAAGAUUCAUGCGAUAAACGUAACAAAUAAAACUGAAAAUUGUAAUAGACAAGCGCAUAUCAAUAUAAUUUUAAGUAAAUGGUAAAGCAAUGAAGAGUCAUCACGGUAUCAUCAAUUAUUCAACUAGGAACAUGUUGCUAAUUUUUCACAAAUUUUAAUAUAUAUUUAAUAUUAAAUUAAUAUUAGUAGUAAAAUUUAUUAAAUAAAAAAAUUUCUCCUGAAUUUAUUCCUACUUGAUUUAUUUAAAACAUGAAUAAAUGCUAUUAGACAUUUUGAUAUGUAUAUUUCUUUAAUUAAAGAAAUUUUUCAAU